CUUUUUUAUUUUGUAGUCAAAAGUUUUUUUUUCUUUCUUUCUUUUCCAAAAUGACACUCAGAUUAUUGACUAAAAAAGCUGCAGUUGUUGCUGCACCUCGUCCAGGUUUGCUUACUGUUCAGCAUCAAGUUAUUCGUGCUUCCAUUACUCGUGGAUUAGCCACGAAGACAGAAGAGCCUAAACAAAAAGCUAAUAGUCUAAUUGAUGUUCUUCCCGGAAACUCUAUUGUCUCCAAGACUGGUUAUAUUACAGGUGCUACUGGUUUGGCUGCUUUUUUGAUUUCUAAAGAAAUUUAUGUUUUAAAUGAGGAAACUUUAGUCCUAAUUUCCUCAGCUGGUCUUCUCGGUGUCCUUUUAAAGUAUCUUCGAGAACCAUUCACUAACAUGGCUAAUGAGCAUAUUGAACGUAUUAAAAACAUUUUGAUUCAAGCACGUAAUGAGCAUAAGAGUACUGUUCAAGAACGUAUUGAUGAAGUUGGAGAAAUGAAGGAUCUUGUCCAGGUUACUAAGACUCUUUUUGAACUUUCUCGUGAAACUGCACAAUUAGAAGCCGAAGCCUUUGAGUUGAAACAACAAGUAGCUGUUGCUUCCGAAGUUAAAUCUACUUUAGAUUCUUGGGUUCGUCAUGAAACCAGUCUUCGUGAACGUGAACAAAAACAAUUAGCUACUUACUUGAUUGAAAAAGUUAACAAGAGUUUAGAAGAUCCAAAGAUUCAACAACAAAUUUUAGAUCAAGCUAUUCUUGAUGUUCAAGCUGUUGCAAAGAAUGCUUAAAUUAUUAAUAAAUGAUUAUGUUAAAGAUUCACAUGAAUGAACUUCUUUUUUUCUCUAUUGAUUAAAACCUAAUCCACCUCUACGACCCAUUUGCAUUUGCUUUUUAAACUUAGUGUUACUGUUUGAUUUUUUU